GGUCCUUCGCCCUCCCUGAUGCACUGGGAGUCUGCAGACACUGUUCCUCAGGGUCCCAACCAGCCAUGUCCAUCAAGCACCAAAAGCCACGUAGCCACCACCCUGCUGCCAGCUGCAAGACAGAAGACAGCUCUGCUCUCUCCCCAGAGCCUCUUUGACCACGCUGUCGGCACAGACCCACCGGCAGAGAGGACAGGUCAAAGGCAGAACAGAGGGAUGAGGACUCGCCUGGGCUGCCUGUCUCACAAAUCAGACUCAUAUAAUGAUUUCACAGCUAUUCUUCCGGACAAGCCCAACCGGGCUUUGAAAAGACUGUCAACAGAAGAAGCAACAAGAUGGGCAGACUCUUUUGAUGUCCUUUUGUCCCAUAAAUAUGGGUUGGCCGCUUUCCGUGCUUUCCUGAAGACAGAGUUCAGCGAGGAAAACUUAGAGUUCUGGCUCGCCUGCGAGGACUUCAAGAAGACCCGCUCGGCAGCCAAGCUGGCCUCCAAGGCUCAGCGGAUCUUCGAGGAGUUCAUCGAUGUGCAGGCUCCUCGAGAGGUGAACAUAGACUUCCAGACACGGGAGCUGACAAGAAGAAAUAUGCAGGAGCCCUCCCUCUCUUGCUUUGACCAAGCUCAGGGGAAGGUGCACAGCCUGAUGGAGAAAGACUCUUACCCCAGGUUCCUGAGAUCCAAAAUUUACACAGACCUGCUGUCUCAAACCCAGAGGAGGCUAAGCUAGAGCAGCGAUGGGGCCCUCAGAAACCACGUGCUUCCCACAACAGCCAAAACCCAUGUCUAAAUGUGAAACUUUCUUGGUGUUAAAAGCAGUGGGAAUGAGAAAAGAGGGAGAAGAGGAAGAGGAGGCUUCCAGAGCAUGAUCCAGAUGUGGUAUUAGGACUCUCUGAGUUUCCGCACUUUUUUUUGGUUAGCGGUAGCAUCUUGCAGUUGUUGCCUCUCUCUAGCACAAACCCAUAAUCCUCUCUAGUCAUGGGGUCAUCUGUUGGGAAAGCAGGUUUCCUUUAAAACUGCUACGUUGGUUUGUGUGUAAAUAACACCACUGCACCUUUCCAUCCUUCCAGACGUGUCCCUGGCUCUCACCUCUCCCCUGUGUUUGGAAGGGCCCUAAGGGCAGUUCCAAAACUUGUGAAGCCAAGUCUCGUCCAAAGCAUUGUCUCCCACGCUGGCUGCUGGGGUCCAGAUCCAGAGACUGAGGGGAGGUAGAGAGGGCAAAGACACAUGAUUCAUGCUGCUUCCCGGCAUGGAAACCAUACCAGCGAACUCAGCUCACCUUUCCAUUUUGGUUCCACACCUUAUGACACCAGCUGCUACCCUGUCACAGCCCUUAUCUUUCAGGGAUGGAGACUAAGAGUUAUUUUCUGUAUGACAGUCAAGGAGCCGAGUUUUUCUCAUGAGGAAGGUAAUCCUAAAAGCUCUCACUAGACCUGGUCAGGCGAGUCUUCUAGUGAGAAGGAUUGUUUUUCAUUAACAUUAUUUACUUGUACUGUAGUUCAGCCUCAGGACCCCAGUUGUUGUUCAGGCUUCAUUGUACUAGGCACCGUACCAAAACCUAACACAAAGAGACUCCGGGCCGCCAGAGACAUUAACAGGCUUGGUGGCUUCUCGGGAGCAACCUGCCAGCUGUCGGGAAAGAGUCAAGAGAAGGAAUGUCCUAUCUGCCCCAUGCUGAGAUCUAAGAAGAGCACAAGACCUGUCUGCUAUGGCAGAUAGCAUUUUUCAUGUAGUACCUGACCAGCGCAUGGCAGGGAGAGGUAACAUGAAAAAUCACAAUUAUAUUUUUGUUAUUUACUGCUUAUUGACUGUUGUUACCUACCGAUGUUCCACUGUGGGUUCAAUGCCAUGUGAAGAACUACUAAAGACACGGACCCUCUUGCAUGGUGCUUGCUUAAAAACAGGACACAGGGAAGCAUGCAGUGAGCAGGACGAGCAUCCGGGUGUGAAGUGGUGUGAAGGGUACUUUGGCCCUGUUCCCAUAGCCUGGAUAGCCAGCUGCAGGAGAAGACUCUGUGCAGAUGGCAGUUGUGUAGCACCUCCUCUGUGCUGUGCAGUAAUACUUACCAUCUGAAGGCCCCAUUUCUAUGGCAUUGCUGUUCCAGCUUAUCGGCUGUCAGAUUCUUGCAAUAUUUUCUAGUGGAGAAGCAGACAGCCUGUCUGUGGAUUUGAGCCUACAGACCAGAGGUCUAUUUUCUUAGUUUUAUGAAGGCCUGGAAAGUGACCCCAUGGAUCUUUUCCUUCUCUGAAUCACCCACGGAUCAGAGGCUGUAAACUUCUGCUCUAGUUGAGAGGAGUGGUGGGUAGGUUUGAUACAUCAGAAAGCUGGUGAUGAAGGUUUAAUGUGGUGUAAACUAGGUAGACUGAAUUCUACAGCUAAGUAUAACGUGUUUGGAAUGAGAUACAAAAAACCUGCUUGGAUAUUAAAAGUUACUGUCCACGCAUUAGGUAGGAAGCAGGUUUUGAGGCUUUUUGUAAGGAUGCUGCACAGGGCAUUAGAACAAAUAGGUUUAGGAUCAAGAUAGGGAUGGUAAGCAUGUUUGUUUUAUUUUGGAGGUGUGUUCCUGUGGUCUCUAAGACACUAAAGUCUAAAUAUGGUGCAAGUGCAAAAUUUAUGUUCAGCAGGGAAACAUGCUUUUCAGUACCUGGUUGGUCAGCUCUAGAAUUCUCCAGUUGUUUUGUAGGAAAAGAUCAGUGGAAGAUGGGCACUGAAAAGUGCCCCAGAUUCAUCCAAGGGGUCUACAUCAUGCAGUGGCUCAACCAGCUGUGAGUUUAGCUGUUCAUGAGCCCACAGCUUUACAGCAAACAAGGUACCUGGCAAAGAAGACCUAGUAGGACAGGUCUCUGGGGAAACUUGUGCAAUGUUCUGGAAGGAGUCAAAGACAGAAGCAAAGGAUAUAGAUUCAUGCAUCUAGUGGCUGCCCCUCAUGGUAUCUGGGCUAUAGGAAGUGGAACAGAGUCACGUCACCUAUACAGCCCCCUCCUGCUAUAGGUGAAAGGGAAGGAGGAGGGCAAAUCACCCCACAUUGCGGUGAAACACUUUCAAUGCUUGACCUGCAAGGGAGGAUGCAAAGCCACUGACUGUGAGGAGGGGCUGGAAUAACUCUCCUUUCCAAGAAAAGUCUAUGUCUACUACACCUGCAUAACACAGGAUGGACUGGGAUCUCUCAGGGUCAUGCUUUGCUUUGGCCGAAAUAGUUCCCCUUGAGAUGGCCUGUGGUGCCAGCUGUACCCAGUGUCACUGCAACCGUAAAAUGGCACUGCGACCGGUGAUCCAACCGCUGCAACGCAGCAGCUCAGCUUCCCGAUGCUGUGUUGCCAAACAAGCUGUGUUGCAAGGGAUGACGGGAGGCCACCUCAUCUGGCCCUGCCUUCCUCCGUUUCAGCCUCCUUUUGACUGCACAUACAAAAAGCAUCCCAGUGCUGCCCUGGAUGUAAGAGACAGCAGUCUUAGGCAGUCAUUGCGUUCAAAGAGAAGGCAGAAAGCCACAGUAGCUGCCUUGUGGUAUUUCUCUUAAAGCCACCGAUAAACCUUCUGAGUGGACUUGGAUGAUGCUGACCUCUAGUGCCAGCUGAUACAUCCCAGACAAGGGUUUUUCGGCAAAGUGCCCUGCAGCCUCCCAUGGCAGUGAGGGUCACAGAGACAACCAGCCGAUGGGGAAACAGCAGAACCCAGAUGUUUUUGUCGAGGAAUGAGGAACAGAUACUCAGAAGUGUGGACAAUUCCCCAGCUUCCCUGAUGACUACAAAGGCUGGUCCUGUUCGGAGUGUGACUCCAGAAAACCCAGUAUGUAACAUCUGUCAGCAACCUCCUCCAGCAUUGGUGCUGUCAUCCUUUCAGUUUGUGUCAGAACUCGUGGAAAAACUUCAAAGUAGCCAACACCCUGUAAAAACCAAGCUCCCCUCUCUCCUCUAUUGACCUGGGGAAUUGCUUUGAGUGGGUGCAUUCAGAACUGCCAUUGCUGCAGUGGUGACAGGAACUGUAUUCACAUGCCGGCUGAUGUAGGAGAAGUGUUUUGCCAAUUAAAUUGGUGCCAGAUAAUAUCCUCCAUGGGAAACAUCCUAGAGCAUAGAGUGGAGCACAAGUAUUGUCUGAGGCAUAUAAGUCUAUCACAGUUAUUUUUGUUGCUGCUCUUACAGUUUGUCUCUCCUGAAGGGAAGCAGACUAGUUAUUUAAAGUAAUUUAAAAAAAAAAACAAACCCAAGAAAUUGGCACCAGCUGCUUCUUUUAUGCCAAAUGUCAGUCUGAAGUGAAUUAAAAUAGGCAGCUUAUAGCUCUUCCCCUUAAACCAUGGGCUGAUUAAGGAAAUAACGAUGGAACCAAAGCUUCGGAAAGCACUGAGUGAUGACUAAUCCCUAUCAAGGACAAAUAUCCUAUCUUUGAUUCAUCUCUUACUGAUGUGAAAGGGUUAUUCAUAACUUAUAACCCUGUUUCCCCUCUCCACAACCACACACCUCCAAGAUUUUCCUUCUGUUUCAAGUGAUGUCAGAGUGUGCCAUCACAUGAAGAGAGGAAAAAAAAAAAAAUUGUUUCCCUCAGCUCCUUUUAUUCUGUUUUUGCUGGCCUGUAUCCAGUCAGCUCCCAAGUCCUUUGACAGCAAAAGGGAAAAAGAGUUUACAAAUUGCCUUUCCCUUUUCUAUAAGCUUCAGGUGUUGUUAACUCCAGAAGCAGAUGCAGAACCCCAAUCUGCUUUGAGUUUCUUUCUCCUGCUUUGGCCCAUCAGCCAGGUUUGGGAUGAUUUCCAUCACUUUUACUGGACUUGUUAAUGUACUGAUGGGUCCCUGCCCUCCACGCUGGGAAGGUGUGAAGGGCAAAGUCCUGCUAGGCUAAGCAGGGGAGGGAAAUAGGUGUGUGUGUGUCUGUGGGAGUGGAUGGGUGGGAGUGCAUGUGACUUCACGUGUAUGUUAUUUAGUGUCUCCUACUAGAGAAGCUUUUCUGAGACAUAGAUGUGCAUGUUAAAAUAGGAGAAUUAGGCAUAAAUGACAUAAAAUGAGAUUUUUAGCCAGUGUUGUGUUUGCCUUGUGCGUAAGUUUCACUAGUAAUAAGAGACGUAAAACUCUGCUCGGCUUCCAGUUACCCAUAAGAGCACAUGUAUCAAACUGAACUGAAUGUUCACUGAUAGACACAAAACCAAAAUGUUUACAGCAUUCAGAGCAAUAGCAAAGCAUACCUCAUGCCAGUCCUGGAGUGCCUCUCACCUGUCAGUGCAAGCUCUCCCCUCCCUGGGGGCCUCUUGCUUCUCCCUCCAAACCCCUCUCUCCUUCUCAGUCCUGUCCUUGUGGUCU